AUGGAUGAAAAACUCGGGUUGUCUCACAGUAUCUAUCUGCAGGUUAACGUUUUGGUCGAGAUCGGCAACAUUUCCUAUUACAAUCAGACUGCCUCGGCAGUCGGUCAUCACGGCAUCGUCUCAGCCACCUACGCACCGUAUCUGCUCCGGUCGCUGAACCAGCUGCGAAUCGUUCUUGGUGCCCAUGACCUGGCUAACACUACGGAGCCACGCGUUGAAGUCACUGUCAGAACGGCCGGUGUGCAAUCCGGCUAUCGACACGAGGUUCUUUCAAAAAACCUGGCUUUGCUUGAAAUACUGGAAGAUUUCCCAACCGGUCCCCUGAUUCAGCCGGCGUGCAUUUCAGGCAUGAGUCAAAUAUUGACCCCAAGAUUUACGUUUAGAAUCUUUGGAGUCGAAAACCACCUCGGUUGGUUGUGCGUGACGCUGUUCAGUCAGAAAUUCGAUAUUUAG